UUCAUUAGACAACUUCCGCAUCGGUCAUUAUUAAUGCAAGAUUUUCCUACCCGCGGAGCCGCUUUGUCUGGCGCAUUUCUGAUCGAAGUGCCAGUGCAAUCCCGAUAUAGACAUGAAACUAUCAACGCAUACAAAGGGUUACAAAGUAACUCCUGAAGGCGCUGUUAAUUUUAUUAGAGUGACAGUAUAUUUAACUUGUAUAUCAUUUCCAUUGACAGAGAGAACCAAAGUCCGCAUUAAGUACGAAAUAUUAUUAUGGCUAUCAAUAGUUUUAUCGAUUUUUCUAUUUGCGCCACUACUUGUCUCUAUCAUUAAAUACUCAGACAACACAUUUAUCGUCCUGAGAUCUUUCCUUCUUAUGUCGGCGAUAACUAAUUUUGUUAUCAAGGUCAUUAUUGUGAGGAUUUAUCACAAAGAUCUACAGCAACUUGGAUCGGCAUUAAACGAGUUUUUAGAAAAAGCGAAUGAGAGUGAAAGAGUAAUUCUGCAAAAAUAUGUUGAUCAUACCUGGAAAUUUCAUGGAUUUAUAACGUGCAGUUACUAUGUGACUUCAACUGCUCUUAUGAUAGGGCCGCUAAUUUUGCCGCAGAAAUUUCCUACUGACGCAGUUUAUCCAUUUCCUGUUGAUAAUCCAAUUAUUUCACUGAUCGUUUACUUGCAUCAGUGCGCGGUCGGGUAUCAGUGCUCAGCUGGAAUGGCUUUGGAUUGUCAGAUUGCUUUAUUUCUCUGGUAUCUGAGUGCCAGAUUCGAAAUACUGAUUUUGGAAGCAAAAAAUAUUGCGAGUGUUGACGAAUUGCGAAACUAUGUUAGAAAACAUCAGAAAAUCCUCUUAUACGCUAAUGAAUUGAUUCGGCCAACACGAUUAAUAGCUUUUGUGACAGUAGUUAUGACCAAAAUUGGAAUGAUCGUUUGUGGUAUUGUUUUGAUAUCAGAUGAACCUUUUGUGAUUAAAAUUCAAUUCGCAAUGUUGGUUAUCGUUACAACCAUUAAUAUUUAUGUAAGCACUUGGGCCGCAGAUAAUUUGAUAACUGUCUCAAGCACCGCGAUGUCAAAUGCAAUUUUUGAAACAUCAUGGACACAUAAGCCAAAACUGAGAAAUCUCUUGCAAGUAAUAAUCCAUAGGACUCAAAAACCUGUUGUUAUCAACAUCCCCGGUCUUCUUGAAACCUUGUCCAACGAAUACUACGCUCAGUUUCUCUCAGCAGCAUUUUCCUACUUCGCAGCAGCACGAGUCGUCCUCGAUUCUUAAAUUUGCCUGCCUCUUCAAACUCAUACCCAGAAUAUAUAUUUUGUUUAAAUAUCGCUGUAGAUAUAUAUAUCUAAUAAAUUUGCUAAUAAAAAAGUUUAGAU